AGUACCAAAUUUCGCAGCUAUAUUAGCUAUAUUAGUGAUGGAUGGAGAAGCAGCAGAAUUUCAUUUUCUGGAUGCCUUUGGAAUCGUGGGAGAGGCGUGCAAAAUCGUGCGCCGUGAGGCGAAACUCCUGGGAGGCAUUGCCCUCACCCUACUGCUGCCUCUUCCCUUUAUAAUCCAGGUCUACCGUUUAAUCUCAGAGCCCCUCCUCAGCAAAAUCAUGAUGAACGUUGCACUAUCGGGGAUAGAGGUGAGCAGCCCUGCUGCAGAAAGCAUCCGCCAUAACUUGCACUUCCAAAUUGCGGAGCUUUUACUGAUGACGGCGCUGUACGUAACCCUAGUCUUUGCCUUCUCGCUCCUGUCUAGGUCGGCAGUGGUGUACACCGUGGCAGCCACUUACGCAGGCAAGGAAUUGGUGUAUACAAAGAUUAUGAGAAUCGUACCCAGGGUAUGGAAGCGCCUCAUCCUGACUUUUCUCUGGUUUUUCCUCAUUAUGUUUCUAUACCAUGUGGUCACAGUGGUUGCUCUGACUUUCUGGAUCUUGAUAUAUGGAGCGUUUGGAUUGAAGAAAGAGACCCUUAUCGUUGGGGUCUUCCUUAUUUUCAUCGUUGCUUUUCCUUUCUACGUGUACAUCACCUUGUUGUGGCAGCUUGCCAGCGUGGUGUGUGUGGUGGAAGAUAAACAAGGAUUGAGCGCCGUGAAGAAGAGCAACCAACUAAUAAAAGGAAAGCGGGGCACGGCGUUGACGCUGAAUAUUUUGUACGGGCUUUUCAUGGUCGUUAUUGGUGGGGUUCAGAGCUAUUCAGUGUAUGGAAAGGGGCAGCAGCUGAUGAGCGUAGGCUUUAUUGUGAUGGUGGUAUUGUUACAGUGUGUUGUUGAUUUAGUGUGGCUGCUCACUCAUGCUGUGCUUUACUUUGUGUGCAAAUCCUGUCAUCAUGAGGAUAUAGAUUUGAAGGCUUUGUCCAAUCAUUUGGAAACGUAUAAUGGAGGCUAUAUGCUUCUCAAGGAUGGCUCUGUGGACUUCGAGAUGUUUAUCCCAUAGAGGUUGUUAGAAAAUAUAAUUUGUAUUAAAAUUAUUCCGUAGAACUGUCUUUUAAAAAACAAUCUAGGAUACAAUAAGUCAGAAAUUAGAAUAUUUCUGAUUAAGGAAUCUACUAUAGAAAUAGAGAGUCGCCAGAUUUUAUCUUGUAAAGAAAACAUUAAGUAUAUAAUUGUGCACAGAGUGCUAGGUAUUGUGUUGAAUGUAAUGGUCCAAGUUAUGAUAAUAUACUAUUUUUAUUCAGUCAAA